UAUGUACAUGUACAUACAUACACAUUUUAUGAAUUUCACUUUAUGCGUACUCGCUUUGAGACAUGUCAAAUUCAAACGAAAGCUAUUUUGGUAUCGUUUCGUUAUAUUCAAAUGGACCAGUCAUCAAAAAAAGAUUUGGGCUGAUCUUAAAAGUCGGACGAAACGAAAACGAACGAAGCGAAGAUUAAGCGGUACGGGUGACGGUCCAAUCCACUUCUCAGCAUUGACAGAAAUGGAGAAAUCAAUUGAUCCUAUACUUUUGAUGUCAACGGCAGCUGCCCCAAGUGGACUAGUACUAGGAAUGCAAUACAACCAACAAGGGCAGCAUUAUCACCCACAACGACACCGUCAGUAUUGAGUCAAUCACCAUCAACAAUAACAGCUCCCUUACUAACAGAAACACCGAUAGUACACAGCACUCCCAUUAUAAAUUCACCACCAAGGCCUCUUUUGCAGAAUCGUAGAAAACGUAGUUUUCAAGAUGCAAUUGCCAAAUCAGCGACGGCAGGCUGAAGCAAAUAAAAGUCAAGCCCAGUCUUCGAAAAAAUUUGCUGAAGCUGCAGUAAAUCAGCCUGAGGCAGCCAGAUCUAUUUCGGAAAGUUUAAGCGAAACUACUGCAAUUUCACCAAGACAGGUUGCAAUUGAGAAUUUAAUUGUUAUUUAAAAAAAAAAUAAAACUAUUAAAAAAUCAUAAAA